AUGCCGAAACUCUCUGCUCUUUUGCGUUGGAACUCGAUUACUCUGCAUUAUGUCUAUUUUAUUGUCACAUCUGCGAUCGGCAGUGUCAUAAUAUAUACGGCCACGAGGAUCCCGGGGUUUCAAUAUGCUGACGCGGCAUUUAUGAGUUUCAGUGCCAUGACUGGAACAGGAUUGACGGUCAUCGAUCUGUCUUUAAUGGAUACUGUACAACAAGCUACCCUAUUUGUCCUGUUCAUUCUAGGUCAUGCUAUCCCUAUCCUCAGUGUCCUCUCCUUUACACGAGCGUGGGUGCUUUGCUCCGUACUGAAAGAGAAACAAAACAAUGGAAUGGAGAAUAAAGGGAUUGAUAUCGCAGCCCUGGAUAUACUGGAGAUUCCAACGCCAGAAAAACAAGAACAUGCAUCAGAAAAAGUUAAAGCCUUGCCAGAAGUGAAAAUCGCCGUGCUGGAAGCACCGACCGACAUCUCGCCCGUCGAGCCAGGACCAUACAGGGCCGGUACCUGCAUUGUCGUCACCGACCUAACACAACUAGAGCCAGUCCAAAGCUUCGUUCCCAUCGAUGAAAAAGAUAAAGUCCAGAAUACGAAAAUACGCGUUUCACGCAUACUCGCCAGGUUCACAGCCAUGGCACAGCGCACAAAAGAACAUCUGAGCUGGGAAGCCCCGACCGACGACAUGGAUCCACAAGGAGUAGAGUGCAGAGCACUCGUAUUCCUCUCAAUCCUGAUAUUACUCUAUAUCAUUUCAUUUCUCUCAUUUGGAAUCCUAAGCCUCGGCCUCUGGUUACAAAUAUACAGCCCAGAACUAUCCCUUACUGAUGACAUUUCUCCGUUCUGGACGGGGGCCUUUCUCGCUACAUCAUCAUUCGCCUCUAAUGGCAUGUCUCUCAUCGAUACUAGCAUGAUUCCUUUCCAGAGAGAGGCUUUCCCGCUGCUUAUCUGUGGAGCUUUGAUUCUUGCUGGGAACACGCUAUUUCCUUGCUUGCUCAGAUUGUUUAUCUGGUCCACAAGGAAGUUACUUCCGAAUACCCCGACCUGGAGGACAUGGCGACAAGCUUUGGAUUUUGCUCUCGUCCAGUCUCAAAAUGUGUGCUCUUUUCUUUAUCCUACUUGGCAUACAUGGUUCUUGUUUGGUACAGUCUUGGUCUUCAAUGCUAUUAUGUGGGGAGCUUUUGAGCUUGCGUCAAUCCAGGAUAUGGAAAUCCGGGCUCUGCCUCCCAAAUAUCGAGUUUUGGAUGGCUUUUUCCAGUCUUUAGCCAUACGCGGUGGUGGUUUCUCCAUUGUAGAAUUCGACAAAUUACCCCAGGGACUGGUCAUGCUAUAUGGUGAGUCUCCACAAAAGUCCAAGAACAAGAACAUCGCUAAUACCUUAUAUAGCCAUUAUGAUGGUAAUAUCCACCUGAACCCCCCAAAAUAUAUUUCCGCCUUCCCGGUCUCAGCGGCGAUUGGAUCUACUCUAACACAUACCCGAAGCACAUCUCUUACAGAAAGACUUACAAACACGACCUACAUCGACAACUCAGACCUAAACCCUCUCCCGUCAACCAACCCACUGCCCUCCAGACUCGCACGCGGUCGGUUCCUAUACCAACAACUGCGCUCCCAAUUCAGCCACGACAUGUGGUGGCUCUCUUUCGCCAUCAUCCUAAUCACAAUCGCCGAAUCCGAUCACUACAAAUCUCACCCGGUGGAAUUUUCCACCUUCAACGUGAUUUUCGAGGUUAUAUCUGCUUACAGCAGUGUUGGUGCUAGCAUUGGAUAUCCCGGGAGCAAUUUUGCAUUUUGCGGUCAGUGGACUACGUUCAGUAAGCUUCUUUUGGUGGCUGUUUCGUUGAAAGGUCGUCUUCGGGGUGUAUCUAUUGUUAAUGCCAAGAUUGCAUCUUCAUCGAUCUUUGGGUCUUGCGAGAUGGCAAAAGAUUCAUCGUUUGAUGGGAGGUUGCAGAAGACGGAUUAUAUAGAGAUGAAUCGAAGAUCUUGUGUCUGA